AUGCGUGCGCACAACUUUCUCGCAAUUGUGGUGCUAGGUACCACGACGGUCCUCUGUGUUCCCCGUCCUCUCCUCUCGACCUCUUCUUCCUCUUUGUCAUCCGAGCUCCUUCCACGCAACAGCUACGUCCACCCCGCCUCUCUAAAGGCAAAGAAGCACGAGAAACAACAAGUGGCCACUGUGAUCACCUGGUACGAUGGCGAAUCGCUCAAGGAGCCGGCUUGUGGGGUCAAAGAGCCCAAAGACAGCGACAACAUUGCUGCCGUGCCUGAAAGCUGGGGGUUGGGCUGGUGUGGAAAGGAUAUUGCUUUGCAAAAGGGGGAAAAGAGCGUCGUCGUCCGUGUCGUCGAUUUAUGCGGGUCCUGUAAAAAUGAGUCCCACUUCGAUCUGAGCAAGGGUGCGUUCAAGCAGCUGGCCGAUCUCAACGAGGGCGAGCUCCAUGAUGUCACUUGGAGCGUCAAUGAAGCGAGCAGUACAACUGUUACGACAAAGCUGAAGACGCAUGGUCACCAAAAACGCCAUCGUCGCCGCCUCGACAGCAACGUCAUCCACAUCAGCUGA